AUGUCUCCAGCUAAAGUUGAUACCACGAAGAAGGCUGACCCAAAAGCCAAGGCCUUGAAAGCAGCAAAGGCAGUGAAGUCUGGGCAAGCUUUCAAGAAGAAGGACAAGAAGAUUAGGACAAAGGUUACCUUCCACAGGCCAAAGACUUUGACCAAGGCUAGAGAUCCCAAGUACCCAAGAAUCAGUGCUACUCCAAGGAACAAGUUGGACCAUUACGGUAUCCUCAAGUACCCACUCACUACUGAGUCUGCCAUGAAGAAGAUUGAAGACAACAACACACUUGUCUUUAUUGUUGACAUUCGUGCUGACAAGAAGAAGAUCAAGGAUGCUGUUAAGAAGAUGUAUGACAUUCAGACCAAGAAGGUCAACACCCUCAUCAGGCCUGAUGGAACGAAGAAGGCUUACGUUAGGCUUACACCGGAUUAUGAUGCUUUGGAUGUUGCUAACAAGAUUGGCAUCAUCUAAGUUUUUAUCUAUCUCUGCAAUUAUAAAAAAAAACAGACUUGUGGUUUUGUUUCUCGGUUUUUUUGAUACAUUUGUUGCAGUUAAUUAUUGAAUUAAAGUUCUCUCUGUUUUUGGAAUUUGCUUCUAGACAAUCUUACCACAAAACACUCUUGAAAACUUCUAAAAUGCAAAUUUAUACAGAUGAAAACUAUUCCGUCUUGUGGACGAUCUUUUGAAUGUAUCUGUCAACACAUAACUAAAGUCUUG